AGAAGAAGCUUCCGUUCCGUCGGAAACGGGAGAAGGAAGCGAAGCGACCGUAACACCUUCGUCUCUCCCCACGAGAUUUUCCCGUUCCCUUGCCGGAGAUCGGAGCGACUCGUCACCGGACCGAUAAUUCCGACCGGAGUAGAGACCAGACGGGGAUGGACGGCAACCGGAGGAGCAUGUCGGUAUCCAGCUCGCUGGGAAAGAAGAAGCCCUCCGAGAAUGCGGGCUCCGAUUCCGGCCGGAGGCCGCCCGUGACUCGCUCUCCGACUCUAGGUGGUGAGAGAACUGUAAAGAGACUGCGUCUGUCUAAAGCCUUAACAAUGCCUGAAAAUACAACAGUUCAUGAGGCCUGCCGAAGGAUGGCUGCUCGUAGGGCUGAUGCUGCUUUGCUGACUGACUCGAAUGCCUUGCUUUGUGGAAUCCUGACAGACAAGGAUAUAGCAACGAGAGUCAUUGCUGCUGGACUAAAGCUUGAGGAUACACCUGUUUCCAAAGUCAUGACACGGAAUCCUAUUUUUGUUCUUUCAGACACACUAGCCGUGGAAGCAUUGCAAAAGAUGGUGCGAGGAAAGUUCAGGCAUUUGCCUGUUGUGGAGAAUGGUGAGGUAAUUGCAUUGCUUGAUAUAGCUAAGUGUCUAUAUGAUGCCAUUGCACGAAUGGAAAGGACAGCUGAGAAAGGAAAAGCCAUCGCAGCAGCUGUUGAAGGAGUGGAAAAGCAUUGGGGAACUUCUGUUUCUGGGCCUAAUACAUUCAUUGAAACUCUCCGAGAGCGGAUAUUUAGGCCUUCUUUGUCGACCAUUAUUUCUGGGAAUACAAAGGUUCUUACAGUUUCACCAACAGAGUCAGUAUUAACUGCAACAAGGAAGAUGCUUGAAGUUCAAAUAAGUUCAGCAGUUGUAACAGUUCAAAAUAAACCUCAGGGCAUAUUGACUUCAAGUGAUAUCUUGAUGCGGGUUAUUGCAAAAAAUCUUUCUCCAGAUUCAACCCCUGUGGAGAAGGUCAUGACUCCAAGUCCUGAAUGCGCAACUGUUGAUACACCAAUCCUUGAUGCUCUUCAUAUCAUGCAGAAUGGCAAAUUUUUGCAUCUCCCUGUUGUAGACAGAGAUGGGAAAAUUGUUUCCAUGGUUGACGUAAUAUGCAUUACUCAUGCUGCAGUAGCCACAGUUGAAAGCACAGGGGGAGUUGGAAAUGAGGCAACAAUUUCCAUGAUGCAAAAGUUCUGGGAUUCUGCUAUGGCCUUAGGGCCUUCAGAUGAUGAUGACGAUGCACGGAGCGAAAAUUCCAUCAAGAUUGCAUCGGAAGGGACGGACAUAGUAGGGUCUUCUAAUCCUUCUUCAAGCUUACCUACCACAUUCGCGUUUAAGCUCGAGGACAGAAAGGGCAGGAUGCAUAGAUUUAAUUGUGACACGCGAAGUUUGACAUACCUCAUCACUUCCAUCCUCCAGAGGGUGGGUAAUGACAUCGACAGGAAUCAUUUGCCACAAAUUCUGUACGAAGACGAGGAUCAUGACAAAGUCAUUCUUGCAUCGGACAGCGACCUAUCUGCAGCUGUGGAGCAUGCUAGACUAGUUGGUUGGAAGGGUUUAAGGUUAUAUUUAGAUUACACAGGCACAGGAGGUCGAAAGAAGCGAGGCGGAUCAGGAAGUAUGGACUAUGCUAACACGGAUGCAUGGGCAUCGGCGUAUGGUGCGGUUGCAGCAGGAGCUGCACUUGUUGCUGGGCUCGGUGUGAUAGCUUACCUGAAGAGAUGAGGCUUGUGAGUGGUAUCAAUUCCUAAAGGCCACUCAUCUAUCCAGAAAAAAACAGCAAGCAGAGAGGUUAAAACACGCGAUUCCCAACGGCCAAUUCAAGUAUCCCACCAAAUUGCUGUACAAAAUCAUGAAUGAUAUCAUAAUGAUGCAUGUGAAUGUAUACUAAGUAUUCCCAUUGUUACUGUAUUAAAUCAUGAGAAUGUUUCAGUGCUCUGGCCGUCCUUUGGAAAAAAACAGUGAACAUGCUGUCCUCUUUUGUCUUGGA